ACUCUGGUCCUUCUGAGCAAUACUGAUAGAUCAGAAUUUGAUCAUUAGAACUCUUAUGAGUGGCUCAAAUUUUUUUAUAUAUUUUGUCCACAGAAUUCUGAUAUCUGCGAAUGGCAAACCCAUAAAAAGGACUCAGUUCAUUAAUUAACUUCGCAGUAACUGCACUUUAACUUCAGUAACUUUUGCACUAACAUAGGCUUGCACCCAUUUCUGGAUAUGGUUAAUGCACUCUUUUUUUUAACUGCGUACGGCACUGAAUCGACGAUUGCUUUAUAGGUUUUACGUCGGUUAGAAUUAGGCCAAUUGAAAUGCUUGAGUAUAUUCAGAUAGUGUGCGGUUGAUUGUGAGCGAUCGACCUCGCGUUAUUCUACAUUCCGUAUACGUUAUUCUGUUAAAUAUAUUGUGAAUUUUAAUAUAUUCUUUUAGGCACAUAUUUUCAAGACCAUUAAAAAAAAAUGCAAAAACAACAGAUUUUUUAAACCGUCACAGUGGUGUUCUGUCUUAAGCAACUAAAUCUACAUAUUACUUUAUUGUUAUUUUCUCGUAAAUCACAAGUGGAUGUUCAAUUUGCAAUGAUAUCCGAAAGCUCGCACUUGGACUAAUGAAUACGACGAGAAGAAAAAACCGGCAUAUUGUCUACAUGAGAUUGAAUUUAAUACAUAGAAUACCGAAUGAUUGAUCGCUAAAUUGAUCAAUAAAAGAAGCGCGUAUGAUUAUAGCCUGUCACCAAUACCUACGUAACUGCGCUCCAAUUUUCUGUCUGUUAGUGUAAUGGGUUUCCACUUACACCGAAAUAGUUCGGCCAUUCGGAUGCACUUAGAGUCGGAACGACGUAAGAAAAUCACGAGGUUCGAGAUGACGCAAAGUAAGGAGUACCGUUCGGUACGUAUUACACGACUUUUCAUGAAAAUGGUCGGCCUUUGGUACGUCGAGACACCAAGAGAACGGCUGCUCUUGCGCGCUGCGUUUAGUUAUGCCAUUUGGGCAAUUGUCUUUGCCAUUCUCGUUGUGGGCGUUGAUCUGUACUAUUGCAUAGGUGACUUCUACGCUGUCACAUCCAACUUGUGUACAACUUUGCUGCUUAUAAUGAUAUUAGUAAAGUUAGGUAGCUUCAUGUUCUAUCGCGAUAUAGUGUUUGACUUGAUACGUUUUGCUGAAAAAAAUUUUUGGAGUACCACCUAUGAUGAAUUUGGUGCUCAAGUCCUGGAAACAUACGAUAAAUUAGGAAUGACUAUGGUUUACAUUUUCACAUUUAUCGUCUACAUCGCAACAUUCAAUUACAUCUUCGCACCUUUCUUUGAAAUCCAAGAAACGAAUGUAACGAAGAAAAUACUACCGUUUAAAUUGUGGUUCGAUUUUCCGUAUCACUCACCGUAUUACGAAGUCACUUACACUAUACAGUCAUUUUCUACAAUACAUUCGGGUAUUUGUACGUGUUGUUUCGACAACUUUGUAAGCACGUUCAACAUUCACGUGGCCGCGCAGCUGAAAAUUUUAGCCCAUAAAGUGGAAGUCAUCGUCGAAAAAUGUAUCGAGAACACAGUAAACGGAGAAUGCCCUCCGAAUAUAAUGGAGAUGGCGCUUAAGAAAUUACAGAAUUGCAUUCAGCAGCACUUGACACUCAUAUGUUACGUGCGGAACAUGCAACGUGCGUUUGCCGUCAUAUUGCUCGGGCAAUUACUACUCUCCAGCAUAGUUAUCUGCUUCGGUGGAUUUCAGUUCCUUGAGACGAAUGUGGCUGUUAGAAAAUUCCUUUUUGCAUGCCACUUCGUGGGCGGCCUUAUCCAACUAUUCAUUUAUACGUGGACGUGUAACGAUAUCAUUAUUCAAAGUACAGCUAUCUCCGAUGCUGCUUACAACUCUAAGUGGUAUCUUCUAUCCAACAAUGAUCCAGGAAAGACUUUGAGAAAAGGACUAAUUAUGAUUAUGAUCAGAGCACGUCGACCAUGCACAUUAACUGCUGGCUAUGUCACAGUUAUAUCCUUGGACACUUUUAUGGGAAUACUUAGUAAAGCAAUGUCGUAUUUUACGUUAUUACGACAAAUGAGUGAAGAGGAAAUAAAGUUCUAAAGUAUAAUCGUACAGAAGAAAUUAUUAAGUUGAAGAAAAUCUCUAUCUCUCUCUGUACAUCUUCAUACAUCCAGUUUAAUAUCUAUUAGUAAAAUAAUUAAUAAUUAAGUAAAUUUAUGUGCGAAACUCAAGUAUAUGAACCCUUUACAUCGUUGGAGAAUUUCCUGUCGAUUACUGUUACCAGCUCCGAUAUCUCUAACGUUCACAUAUGUUAUCAAGAACGUAUCUCAGAGUGACGCCUAAAGUUUUAAGUGCCGGUUACCUCUUAUAAAAAAGGUAUUAACAAAAAGGUUUGAAGAAAUAAGCAUAAGAUCGGGAGCAAAACAUUCUGCUGAAUGAAAUGUAAAAAUAAAAUCCCUCUAUUAAACUAUA